AUGGCGAGAGCGUCUGAAGCCUCGAAAGAACAGAUUAAAGGAAUGGCUCCAAAAGAACACAGCGAUGAAAAUUCCUCGUUGCAUGAAAUCCAAUAUUGCGGCAAACAAAAGAAGAAUUCUCCGCGCCAACCAGGGUCAGGUCCCACAUUGCAACUAGGAAAUUGUAAGUUUUGUGGUUCUUCUCACUUGUGGGGUUCUUGUCCUGCUUUUGGUAAAACGUGUGGUUAUUGCCAGAGAAAACACCAUUUUGCUCGCGUGUGCCGAAAGAAAUUGGAAAAUCUUGGUGGGAAAACAGUGCAUGCCAUGGCUGAAGAGCCAGACGACAGCGACACUGGAGCUGAUCUGUUUACAUUUUCAGUGGAAUGAAGCAGCGAAUGGCCCCGUCAGUAUGA